GCCAUGUAUUACUGCCAGGCAUGCUGGAAACUAUCCAAAGACAACAAAUCAGCAAACAAUUCACCCCUAAUGCAACAGAAGAAGUUCUCAUCUGGGCCAGCAGCUGCCAAAGUGAACAGCGGGAUGCCCGCAACACCGUCGGCAGCGCCGAAAACUACAACGACAAUUUCUACGAAGGCGACAACAGUUACGAAAACAAAUACUGCUCAUCCGCAGGUUGCCGCUAGUGCAACCGGGAGGCAAAUUGUUCCGAAUGGCGGUGGGGCGACAAAGAAAGUUGAACCGAAGAAAGACGUGGUUUUGUGCCCAAAAUCUGGAGCUGCGGGUACACAAGACGAAGAGUUGAAGCCCCUGAAGCCUUCGGUGCCGGGUGGGGUGACUACAAAUUUGUUGAAGAAUGCAAAGGACGAGGAAGAUUUAGCUGCGAUUACGGCUCAGAAAUUGAAGAUCGAACAGGAGCUGAAAGAUAAACUUGAAGAGGAAGUGAAAGACUGCUUCGUAUGCGAACAGCCAGUGUCUGGGACUUACUACACAUGUGGAGAGUGGCAAUACCACGAGAAGUGCAUCACGUGCUCAUCUUGUGGGAAAAAAGACAGAGACCAGUGGGAGGACUGUGUAAUUUUGCCGAAUGAAGACGAAGGAGGAAAGGGGGUGCUGUUCUUCUGCAAGAAGUGUAAUCUGGCUAAUGCACCUGUCUGCUGGAAGUGUGAAAAGCCAAUCAUGGACGGUGCUCUGUCUGUGAGUGGGAGUGAUGGGACCAACAAGACAUACCACUCCUCCUGUCUCAACUGUGGCCUCUGUGGAGCUAAUAUGGCCCAAGGGGAAGACCUAAUCUAUGUGAAUGGAGUGCUCAACUGUGCUGCUUGUAGGAACAAGAACAAGAUCACGUGUAAGAGGUGCAAUGAGACCAUCAUGGGUCCCUACAACAGUGUAGCGGGUGACACCGAGGGUAGCAAGUUCACCUACCACUCUGCCUGUUUCCUCUGCAUCUUCUGCAGCAAAGACUUGAACUCGUGUGAACUGGGCGGCAAGACUAAAGAUGACAGAAGCGAAGUGUAUUGCAAAGAGUGCUAUUUGGAGAAGUUCUGUGAGAAGUGUUCCAAGUGUCCGAAACCACUGAUUGGAGCAUUUUUCCGCAUCGGUGGGGACAAAAUCUGCAAAGAGUGUUGUGUGUGUGGCAGUUGUGGGAAUGAGAUAGGGGGUCAGUUCCGGAUGAAGCCGGACGGGAAGUUCCAGUGUGUGGCCAAAGAGUGCCCUGGAAACAGAGCCAGCGAAUGAGGAGUAGAAGAUAGGGUGAAGAAAGAAGCGGAUUGGAACGCAUGGAGCGUUUUCAUUUUCCUAAAUUCUAAGGUCGAGAAAAUAACUGAAAUUGCUUU